AGCAAUGAAGUUCACGCUAAUUGUGGUCUGCUUCGUCGCCUUGUCAUGCUGUUUGGCCGCUGAUUAUCCUGGCUGUCAACACUACACAUGUACAAAAUGUAUCCGUCAUCCCACCUGCAUCUGGUGCUCAAAGGCCCAGGACAAGACCGAGACCAGAAGUUGUAUUAGCCGUGAGGACCCUGACUUCGAGCAGUGGAAAACGUGGUGUGAUACUGAAGUAAUCGUGCCGGAAUUCAUUUACAAUGUGACCGAGGAGAAGCCUUUAUCUUCCAAUGGCGACGUCAAGAACAUUGUGCAGAUGAAACCGCAGGAGGUUAACCUUACACUCAGAAUUCAGACUCCCUACAACAUAACCUUGACCUACAGCCACUUAAACAAUUAUCCAGCUGACGUCUACUACAUGAUGGAUGGAUCCAAAUCCAUGGCAGACGAUAAGAAAAUGUUGUCUACUCUUGGAAAAAAGCUGGCAGAAGGAAUGAAGCAGAUCACCUCCAACUUGCAACUAGGUUUUGGCAUCUUCAUUGACAAGCCAGUGUUGCCUUACAUUUCCACAAUUCCAGUGACUGGGGACGAAACACCAGCCUACAGUUUCAAGAACGCUCUUCCACUCAUUAACAAUGUCUCAGCUUUCACGGAGGAGGUUGAGCGAGCGAAGGGCGCCGCCAACGAGGACUUCCCAGAGGGCGGGUUCGAUGGCCUCAUGCAAGCUAUAGUGUGCGAGGAGAAAAUCAAGUGGCGCGACACCAGUUUUCGGGUGAUCAUAUUCUCUACUGAUGCUGGUUUCCAUCUCGCGGGGGAUGGAAAGCUGGCUGGCAUCUUAAGACCCAAUGACAAGCAGUGCCAUCUUGACAACAACAAUGAAUAUAACAAAGCCAUUGAGUACGACUAUCCUUCAGUUGCUCAGAUCAACGAGAUGGCGAAGAUCCACAGAAUCAACCUGGUGUUCGCCAUCACAGCCGAGCAGGAACCGCUCUACGCUCGCCUCUCGCAGCACAUAGAGGGCGCGUCUUCUGGCGUGCUGGCGAGCGACUCCUCUAAUGUGGUUGACCUCCUCACCAGCAGUCUUAAGGACAUCAUAAGCAAAGUGGAUCUGACGGAGCGAGACCACAACGCCCACGUUUCAGUGCGUUACUUCAGCGAGUGCAAGGACGGCGAGAUGAAGGAACGAUCCUCUUGCCAGGGACUCGUUGCCGGGGACGAGGUCCAGUUCCUGGUGGAGGUCACGGCCACAAAAUGCCCAGACAACGAGAAAGAUUGGAAUCCAGUCAUCGAAGUGUAUCCUGUGGGCCGCCAAGGGUUGUUGCAAAUCAACCUGGAGAUGCAGUGCCAGUGCAACUGUGCUAAACCGGACAAUGAGGGUUACAUUGCAAGUGCAGAGUCGUGUCACAAGCAUGGUGAUUUAAAGUGCGGCGUGUGUGACUGCCACGAAGGUUUCAUUGGGAUGUCAUGUGAAUGCAAUGAUGUCGACAGCACUGGCACCAUCAGCGAAGACACGUGCCGACAGACGAACACCUCCGCGAUCUGCAGCAACCGUGGUCAGUGCAAGUGCGGGCAGUGCCAGUGCAAAGAGCCAGCAGAUCCGAUUCAGACAUGUAGCGGAAAGUGCUCGGAGUUCAAACCUUGCGUCCAGUGUGAGGUGUUCAAGACAGGGGAGUUGAACCAGGAUCAGUGUCAGGAAAAGUGUGAUCCUUAUAACAUCAGUAUAGUCAGUGAAUUUGCAAAAGAUCUGGGAACUGGAAAGAGGUGUUCUUUCCUCGAUAAGGAGAACUGCCGCUUUGACUUUGUUUACGAAUUGGACAGAAGUUCGGGUAACGUCUCACUGUGGGUGAAGCAGGAUUUGGACUGUCAGAAACCCAUCAACGUAACAGGAGUGAUCUUCGGAGUCAUCGGUGCUAUGUUGGCCAUUGGUCUAUUGGCUCUUAUCGUCUGGAAGCUCUGCGCGAUUCUCCAAGACCGCCGCGAAUACGCCAGGUUCCUGCGCAGUAAGGACGGGGCGAAGUGGAGUAAUAGUGAAAAUCCAAUCUUCAGGCGGGCCAGAACUACUAUUCAAAACCCUCUGUUUAAUUCCUUCGAGUAAAUCCGAAGCCAAGGACUGUCAAGGAACUCGCCAAGGAUAUUACUACAGCUGAUGUUACUAUCUCCUGC